GUAAAAAACAUGGAUCAGAUAGCAAUUAUAGACAGGCAAAACGAAUAUAUCUAGCUCAGUGUAAGAAACCUAGUAUAGAGAGAGAGGGAAUGAAGAAAGCUCAUAAAGAACUAGUAGAAAAAGGUUUUAUGAUCAAAAUGCAGGAUUUACCUAGUGAAACCCAAAACAUGAUCAAAACCGCUAAAUUCCGGCAUUUCUAUCCUUGGUUCAUAGUUGCAAAGGAAGAUUCUCUUAGCACUCCAGUUAGAAUGGUAGUAGAUCCAUCUCAAACUCAUUUGAAUAUCAUUCUCCCUAAGGGAGAAAACAAACUAGGAAAUAUCUUGGAUAUAACUAUAAGGAAUAGAGGAACAAGGUUUAGUUAUUCUAGCGAUGUGAGCAAAUUAUACAACCAAAUACAUCUUCAUGAAUCAGCUUUUCCAUACUCAUUAUUCUUGUAUCAUGAUACCUUAGACCAAGAUGUACAACCUGAUAUAUAUGUAAUGGUAAGGGCGUGGUAUGGAGUAGUAAGUACUGGAAACCAAGCAGGAUACGCUCUGGAUAGAUUGGCAGAGGAAGGUAAGGAUAAAUUCCCUGCAGCAAUGGAUUCUCUCACUAAAGAUAGUUACGUAGACGACAUAUUAUCAGGAGCAGAUUCCCAGGAGGAGAGAGAUGAGCAAAUAUCACAGGUUCAGGAUCUCCUUUCAACAGCAGGUUUUAGUUUGAAAUAUGUGGUACUGAGCAGAAGAAAACCAGAUAUUAAAGCUAGCUCUGAUGGAAAGACUAUUAAACUAUUAGGAUAUAAGUGGAACACAGAAUUGGAUAUAUUAUACCCUGGGGUCUCAGAGCUAAAUUUGAACCGAAAGAAGAAAGGUAUUAAAAAACCCAACCCUCACCCGGUAGUUACUGAGGAGGAUGCUGAUAAUUUAUUAUCCCAGGUUAGUCUUUCUAGAAGGAUGAUUAUUUCUAAAAUAGCUGAAAUUUUUGAUCCUCUUGGACUAUGGGAACCUAUCAAACUACAGCUGAAACUGUCAUCCUCUGAACUAAACUCAAUUCCAUGGGAUAAAACCUUGGACCCAGCAACACAGGUGAAAUGGAAGAAGAUCUUAUCAAAAUUCACCUCUUAUGGAGAACUCUCUGCAAAGAGGUUUCCUUUUCCUGAACAUAUAAAUAUCCAACAGCCCUUCAGGUUGAUUUGUCUCAGUGACGCAGGUAAACUAGCAGGAGGAGCUGCGAUUUAUAUGAGUAAAAAAUGUAUUGAUGGAUCAUGGUCCACAGCUUUGCUCUGCUCUAAAUCUAAGUUAAUGAAGGGUACAGUACCAAGAAAUGAAUUAUCUGCUAUAUUACUAAUGACAGAAUUAGCAUACAUAGUCAAGAGAUCAUUAGGAUCAAAAGUGGGAGAAGUAAUUUACCUAACUGAUUCAACAAUAGCUCUAUCAUGGAUUCACAACACUAAUAUUAAGGUUAGGGCUUAUAUUUUUUCUCGAGUUCAAGCAGCAAGGGGUAUGAUUGAAUUAACCACUGGAUCUAAAACGGUACCGCUUUUUCAUAUAGAUGGGAAACUAAACCUAGCUGAUCUCCUGACCAAACCCCAUGAGUUAUCAGUUGAGGAUUUAGGUAUUGGUUCAAUUUGGCAACACGGGGCUUCCUGGAUGAAUCAUGACUCACAUUCUCUCCCGAUAUCCCAGUAUCAAGACUUGCUAAUAUCUAGUACUGACAAAGAUAACAUUAUGGAGGAAUGUUUUAUUGAGCCCUUUAGAUUUGAUCCAAAUAUUAGUGGUAUUCACUCCAUACACGUAGGACAAGAAUUCUUGAAGUUUAGGAAACCUGAUGGUAGGAGUAAUUUUAAUUUACUUGUUGAUCCAGUAUCUUGGGGAUGGUUGAGAUCAUUAAGGAUCAUGAGCUUCAUUGUAUCUUUCACACAGUACGUCAUUCACACAACCCACAGCCAGUCAUCCCACAUGUCCUGUAAACUCUGCACAUCGGAGAGGGAGUUUGAUCCUAGAGAUUUUUUGGAUAUGGCUCGGGAUGAGUUUUUUAGAGCUGAAUCUAAAGUGGUAGGGUCAUCUUUGUCAAACAAGCAGUUGUCAAAAUACAAGUUUAGGAACGGAAUUUAUUACUUUGUAGGAAGGAUUACAAGUAAUAAUCCAUUCAAGCAAAAAGAUUUAGACUCUGUCCCAUUCUUGGACACUCACACGUUUGCAGGUCAUCUUCCUGUUGUACUUAUAGACUCCCCGAUCUUAUACUCUCUGGUGAUGUACUUACAUUGCAAGAAAAUACUCCACGUAGGAGUUGAGAGAACAGUUAAAGAGGUCUUCAAGGAGGUCAUGGUUCCAAGUGGUUUAAGGAGGAUGAUAAGAAAAAUAAAGGCAGAUUGUACAACUUGUAGGUUAUUAGAGCGCAAGGUUGUAGAGAUAGAGAUGAGUGAGCAUCCAUCAUGUAGGACGAUAAUUUCACCUCCAUUCAAUAGUAUGAUGUGUGAUAUUGCUUUUGGAUUUAAGGGAUCAACCUUCAAAAAUUCAAGAUCAACAUUAAAAUUUUAUGCAUUAGUCUGUGUUUGUUUAUUGACUGGAGCUGUAAACAUUUUAUUGAUGGAAGGUCUAGAAACCCAGGAUCUAGUUGCAGCAUUAGAAAGGUACUCAGCUCGCCAUGGAGUCCCCUCUGAUGUCUAUGUAGACUGUGGUACUCAACUAAUGGCUUAAAAGCAUGUCAGAUUCUCUAUAAGAGAUGCGGAUACUCAGCUUUAUGACUCUCUAGGGAUAAGAGUACAUGUGAGCAAUGCAAAGGCACACUCUGAAAGAGGAAGAGUAGAGAGAAAGAUAAGAUCUUUGAGAGAAAUGUUAGAGAGGAUGGGAAUUACAACAGCUAAUCCUAUGACUAGCAUUCAUUCUCCUUCUGUGAUCUGCUGUACUGUUUGUUUGGUUUACCCUUCCUCACCCUGCCACCUCUCUACGGAUAUUUUCCCUUCUCUAUGCGCACUUGCCGCGUAACAUCACUUCUCAGAAAUCUCAACGCCUUUGCGGAAUUUUUAACCAUUGUGAAAGCAAUGGUUAAAAAUAUUAUUAAGAUUAACAGGAAUGAUGAGAGAGCGGUACAGAACUCCUCAGCUUAGCACUAGUUCCUUGACACCCUGUAGUUUUCUUGAAAGAUGUGUUCUCUCUUCUCUCUGCCUGCCUCUCAGUCCAAAAUAAACAAUCCGCCAAUUUAGCUGGAAGAACUAUAGCAGCUAAUGCAGCUGAAGCAGCUGAAACUGCUGGAGGAACGGAAGCAGCUGAAUCAGCUGAACCAGGUUGAGGAGCUGGAAUCAUAAACCAUGGUUUCCAAAUUAAUAACUUUUAUGUUUUCGGUGAAAAUUCAGAUAUUUUGAGAUCUGUAAAUGUAUGUAACAUGGAUAAACUUAAACAAGAAAUGAAUGGGCCAAGUGUUCAUAAACAAAAUCAAUCAGUGAAUGGAAAAUUUAACGCCUGUAAACUUUUAUCCCUGUACAAGAGUACACCCUGCAGUAUGGUUGAGUGCAAUAAAGAACCGGUUCAAACAAUUGUUUACUGUGCAAAAAAGAAUCUGAAAAGACGUAAUUCCGUUUGAUUAAUUUUCUUAAAAUGUUAAAAGUAUCCAUGCAGAAUGAGGACAAAUCUAUUAAAUCAAAAAAAAUUAAUGAAACUAAAUCUUUCACAUUUUAAAUAUUGUGCUUCGCUUCAAUUUCUAGUUUUCUUUAUUUAUUUUUGCGUUGGUAUGAAUAACCAGGAAUAGUAUUAAUUAAUUAAUAACUAAGAGUCGACUUUGACAUUAGAAAUCGAAUUAACAUU